AUGCCGUCGGUGGUCGAGGUGCCGAAAAAAGUAGCGGCGGCAACCCGCGAUGGUGGCGGGCAGACGGUCACGCUGGACGGGCGGACUGUGCUUUUGCCCGAGGGGACGGCGAUUAGUCUUGUGGCUGUCGCGGCGCAUAGGAAUCCGCGGUAUUGGCCGACGACGCGGAGCCGGGUGACGCGGGCGGAGACGGAUUUGGAUGAUUAUGUGCCUGCGCGGUGGUUCCGGAGGCGGCCGGGCCAUUCUGAUGACGACAACGACAAGGAUGAGGACGAGGAGGAGGGUGGGUGGGAGCGAUUACGGAGCAAAAGCCCCGGCGGCGAAGGCGGGGGCGGCGAGUAUGAGAAUGACGAGUACGACGCCGACAUGGGCGGGUACGCGGGCCCGGACACGAGCGCGCGGCUGUUUCGGCCGGAGAGGGGCGCGUAUAUUCCGUUUUCCGACGGGGCGCGGUCUUGUCUGGGGCGUAGGAUCGCGCAGGUCGAGAUCGUGGCGGCGCUGGCGGUGCUGUUUCAGCGGUAUAGCCUGGAGUUGGACGUGGGGGAUUUCGAGACGGGUGAAGGUGAGACUCGAGACCGAGAGGGGCUGGCAAAGUUGUACGGGGCGGCGCAGGAGAGGUGCAGGAAGAGGAUAGAAGGGGCGACGAGCGUGUUGACGCUCAAGAUGCAGGGCGGGGAGGAGGAUGUGCCGGUGCGGUUGGUGAGGAGGGGGAGGAGAGGUUUGUGA